AGGGCUGCACAGCUGGCAAUUUACAGACACAUAACGCAGGGAGUAAUUGGCUGCUUGGUGGACCACUGCCCCGCAAAUUGGACCCCGUGUCUGAUGGAGGAGAUGAAUUAGCACAAGUACUGGGACAUUAAUUCAUCUUGUGUCUGUGAGGGGGGUUCAGUUUAUGAACCUCUGGAUCACCUAAAAACUGAAGACCAAGCCUCCCCUCUCCACUGGAACCGUUAUAACCUCCUCUCACACUAGAAACAUAAGCUCAAAUAAUGGAGAAGUCCAGAUGCACGCAACAGUUAGCGUUCAACCUUCUGUUUGGGUUGUGGUUUACUUGCUGUUUGGCCCAGACCACACCAUCAAACACAGCCACGCCGGCACCCUCACCAUCCCCGUCCCCCCAGUCCCAGAGUGAACGGCUAAAGGUCAGACUGGCUGGAUACCCACGAAAACACAACGAGGGUCGGGUAGAGCUUUUCUACAAGGGAGAGUGGGGAACCAUCUGUGACGACGACUUCUCAAUAUCCAACGCCAACGUGCUCUGUCGCCAACUGGGCUUUGUCUCAGCCACAGGAUGGACCCACAGUGCCAAAUAUGGCAAGGGCCAAGGGAAAAUCUGGCUAGACAACGUGCAGUGUAACGGAGGAGAGAAGAGCAUUGAAUCCUGCAAGUCUCGCGGCUGGGGCAACAGUGACUGCACUCACGAUGAAGAUGCCGGAGUUGUGUGCAAAGACGAGAGGAUUCCUGGCUUUGUGGACUCAAAUGUUAUUGAUGCUCACGUCGAUGAGAACAAGAUAGAGGAGGUGCGACUCCGGCCCGUCGUUGCCAUGGCCAAAAAGAGGCUGCCCAUCACGGAGGGUGUGGUGGAGGUGAAAUACAAAGACGGCUGGGCUCAGAUCUGCGACUUGGGAUGGACGAUCAAAAACACACGUGUGGUCUGCGGCAUGCUGGGAUUCCCACAUGAGAAGAAAGUCAACAAGAACUUCUACAAGUUGUAUUUGGAACGUCAGAAGAGCUACUUCCACGUUCACUCUGUGGCAUGUACGGGCACAGAGGUCCACCUGGCAGCCUGCCCCCUGGAGUUUAGCAAGAGAAACGCGACAUCGUCCUGCGAGGGCGGCAUGGCGGCCGUGGUCAGCUGCAUGCCGGGGCCUCUGUUCAUGCAGAACAGUGGCCUGAAAAAGAAACUUAAAAUUUCGAGCAACGUGAGGCUGAAGGGAGGUGCCAGGCUCGGCGAGGGUCGGGUGGAGGUGUUGAAAGACAACGAGUGGGGAACGGUGUGUGAUGAUCGCUGGAACCUACAGUCAGCCAGCGUCGUCUGCAGAGAGCUCGGGUUCGGCAGCGCCAAGGAGGCUCUCACCGGAGCCCGCAUGGGACAAGGAAUGGGUCCGAUCUACAUGAAUGAGGUGAAGUGUCUCGGUCAGGAGAAGUCCAUCUGGAACUGCCCCUUUAAGAACAUCACAUCAGAGGACUGUCAGCACAUGGAGGACGCUGCUCUCCGCUGCAACGUGCCCUACAUGGGACUCGAGAGCUCGAUCCGAAUCACAGGAGGACGUACCCGUUACGAGGGCCGUUUGGAGGUGCUGAGCUCAGACUCUAACGGGACGCAGAGCUGGGGUCUGAUCUGUGGAGAGACCUGGAGCACCAAGGAGGCCAUAGUGGCCUGCAGGCAGCUGGGCUUGGGCUACGCUAACCAGGGCCUGCAAAUCCGGAUAGUGGGCGGCCGGAGCAAUUAUGAGGGCCGGGUGGAGGUUCAGGUUGGCUCCAAGUGGGGCACAGUGUGCAGCACUGGCUGGACCACAAAGGAAGCCAUGGUGGUUUGCAGGCAGCUAGGGCUCGGAUACUCCAUGCAUGCCAUCAAUGAAACAUGGUACUGGGACAGCAGCAAUGUGACCGAGAUGAUAAUGAGCGGCGUAAAGUGCACCGGGAACGAGAUGUCUCUGAGUCAGUGCCAGCAUCACAAAACUGUCAGCUGCCAGAAGUCUGCAGCAAAGUUUGCAGCUGGAGUCAUCUGUUCUGACACGGCCUCUGAUCUCAUCCUGAACGCCUCACUGGUCCAGCAGACAGUUUACAUCGAGGAUCGCCCUCUGCACAUGCUCUACUGCGCUGCAGAGGAGGACUGCCUCUCAAAAUCUGCAGCCAAGGCCAACUGGCCCUACGGACACCGACGCCUGCUCCGCUUCUCCUCCCAGAUCCACAACAUCGGUCGGGCUGACUUUAAGCCGAAGGCUGGACGGCACUCGUGGGUCUGGCACGCCUGCCAUGGUCACUACCACAGCAUGGACAUUUUUACCCACUAUGAUCUGCUGAACGCUAACGGUAGCAAAGUGGCAGAGGGACACAAAGCAAGUUUCUGUCUGGAGGACACAGAUUGUCAAGAGGGUGUUUCUAAGCGAUACGAGUGCGCCAACUUUGGCGAUCAGGGCGUCACCGUGGGCUGCUGGGAUUUGUACCGCCACGACAUCGACUGCCAGUGGAUCGACAUCACAGACGUCAAACCUGGAAACUACAUUUUGCAGAUUGUGAUCAAUCCAAAUCACGAAGUGGCUGAGAGCGACUUCACCAACAACGCAAUGAAAUGCAACUGCAAAUACGACGGACAUCGAAUCUGGCUCCACAACUGCCACGUUGGUGAUGCAUUCAGUGAGGAGGCAGAGAGGAGGUUUGAGAAGUACCCCGGACAGCUCAAUAACCAGGUUUCUUAAUCAACAGUAAUCUCAACAACAGUAUGACACCCAAAGUGGGGGAUGAAUUAAUAAACACACACCUCGCUGGCUCUAAAAGCGAGGAACAAACCCUUUGUUUUCAAUGGAUUUCCCCCACAUAUCUCAGAUUAUAAUGGAAGAAACCAACAGUAUUUUCUUCUAGUGAAUGUGUUGUAUGUCUGAGUCAUUAUACUUGAAUAUUCAAGUGCUUAUGUUUUAUUUUAAUUUUCUUUUCUCAGUCUAAUGUGAGCUAAUGGUAUAUUUUUAUCACAAAAAAAGGAUUUUAUAAAGUCAGUCGUACAGUCUGCGUAUGACUAAUGUACAGCCUUCUAUUGAAUGUUUUUAUUCCGAGUUAUGAAUGAGGUGUUUUUUUUUUUACUUGGAGCAGGCUGGUUCAGAACUACCUGAGGUGUUAGCAUUAGCUAUAACACAUUUAGAAACUUAAAAACUGAGGCAUGAAGAGGAGCAAAUGCAGCUCUGUGAAGGUCUUACUGGUCCUGAGUGAACGUUCAUACUGGGCAUUAUGGACAGAAGAGAUAGACUGUCCCCUUUUCUAAAAAAAACCUGCAGGUGCCUCAGAUUAAAACAUGAAAUAUUACGUGUAUAAUUCACUCUGGAUUGGAUUGUAAUCUUGAAGGAUAAAUGUAAUUGAGCAUGUUGCUCAAGAGAAAAGAAGGUUUUCACAUCAGUUUUCUGCCCUCUUUGUUCAGAGGAAUGGUUUUGCUUCAACAUGCCUGCCUCCACAGUUCCAAUACUUUGUGAAUGUAUUUAUUCGUAAUAUCAAGGUGCUCAAGAACAACACCUGUUUAAUAUCGUUAUUGUUAGUUUGAAGGGGCUUCGCAACCAGUUUGACGCUAGCUCUAGUCUGUAUGUAUUAUUAAUAGUCAUUUAGAGUCAGAACAUAGAUGUUAUUGGGCAAAGACAAAAAAACUACAAUUACCUUCAAGAAUUGCUGUAUGUAUGCUGAUGUAAUCACUCCUGUUGCACCAAAUAAAAAGGAGAGGAAUAUUAA